AAAACUUCUCCUCCUCCUCCACAGUCCGUCUGGAGAGCUUGCAUACUUAUGACCUGCCAAGUACAAAUUUAGUGGAAAAGGAAAAAAAAGGGAAGAGAAAAGACUGCAAAGUACAAAAACGCUCACACAGAGAACGAACGUUACGUUUCUCAGUGGCUCAGGCCACUCCCCCAAAUCCAAAAACCCAGCAAUUCUGUUUUCCUACACAUUUCUCUCGUUUUGCCCAAACCAUCGGCGUCGUUUGCCUCCUAAGCUAGUGGAGCUUUAUUCUCUUCAGGUUAGUUUUGUAAUGGAGAGCACUGAUGAUGAGAAGGAUGCAGUCUCCGGGAAUUAUAUACCAAAGGAACUCACUCAUGCUUUAGCAUCUACUGGUGCGAAGUUUAUCGAUGAAGUCCUUAGCGGUCAAAAUGAACGUUGUCUAGAAAAUUUUCGCAUGGAUAAGCAUGUCUUCUACAAGUUGUGUGAUAUUUUGCAAGGAAAGGGCUUAUUGCGCCACACAAAUCGAAUCAAGAUUGAAGAGCAAUUAGCCAUGUUCAUGUUCAUAAUUGGUCAUAAUCUACGGACUCGAGCUGUUCAAGAGUUAUUCCGUUAUUCAGGAGAAACCAUCAGUCGUCAUUUCAACAAUGUGUUGAACGCAAUAAGGGCAAUUUCAUUAGAUUUCUUCCAGCCUCCAGGAUCUGAUGUUCCUCCCGAAAUUUCAGAAGAUCCUAGAUUCUAUCCAUAUUUUAAGGAUUGUGUGGGAGCGGUUGAUGGUAUACACAUCCCAGUGAUGGUAGGCGUAGAUGAGCAAGGACCUUUCCGCAACAAGAAUGGCUUACUUUCACAAAAUGUUCUGGCUGCUUGCUCAUUUGAUCUCAAGUUCCAUUAUGUCUUGGCGGGUUGGGAAGGCUCUGCAUCAGAUUUGCAAGUUUUAAAUUCUGCACUCACAAGACGAAACAAAUUGCAGACCCCAGAAGGGAGAUACUACCUGGUGGACAACAAGUAUGCAAAUAUGCCUGGCUUCAUUGCUCCAUAUCCUGGUGUACCUUAUCACUCGAAGGAGUUUCCUAGUGGUUUUCACCCUCAAGAUGCGAAAGAGCUAUUUAAUCAACGACACUCGAUGUUACGAAAUGCAUCUGAUCGCAUUUUUGGGGCUUUAAAGGCACGCUUCCCUAUCCUGAUGGCAGCUCCUCCAUACCCCUUACAAACACAAGUCAAGUUGGUUGUGGCAGCAUGUGCCCUACACAAUUACAUGCGUAGGGAGAAACCAGAUGACUGGAUUUUUAAAAUGUAUGAGAAGGACACCAUACUGCAAAUGGAGGAAUCAUUGCCCCCGCUAGAGGUGGAACCAAUGAUGCAUUUUGAGGCCUCUGCUAUGGACAUUGCUUUUGGGACAGAAGAACUGGAGUUUACUUCGCAGUUGCGGGACUCAAUUGCGACUGAAAUGUGGGAUGACUAUAUCCAUGAUUUAUCUCCCAUGUAGAUCAAUUGACUGUGGUCAUAGUUUGAAGCUAGGGUUGGCAUUUUUUCCUGGUUCAACAACCUGACCAAAGAUUUUGGUUUUGUUGGUGUACAUUGGAGGUUUUGUUUAUAGAAAAAGAAAUAUACUGGUAGAUAACAUAUCUUCUUUUUUUCCUCACAAAAAGCAACCAUUUGGAGGGGUUGCUGUUGCUGUAUUUUCCACCUUACUCCUAACAGCUGAACAACAAAAGAAUGAUGGCGGCAACUUUGAAGAUAGCUUGCCUUGCAUGUGUGGUAGGGAAUACAUUGUGACAGAGAAACAAUUAUUAAAUUGGUCGAUCUACAGUAGUUAAUUGAAUUGAUUAAUGUGGCAUUUCCAGGUUCCGUACAUAUAUUCCAUGACUAGAAGGAUCCAUGGAAAGAAAGCAUAAUGCUGCAGUGCAGGUGGCUAUUGUCAGGGAACAAAUUAUGACCAUCAUUGAUCAGAUCAUGCACGCCUGUGAGGGGCCAGAGCCAGCGAGUUCAUCACUGGUCGAGGCAUAUUGUGUUCUUCUCCUCCUCCUUUUCUUAUUCUGGUUAUUUGUAUGCAUCCAUAUUACACCAUUAAGGCUUAUACUCUGUUUAACAUGAU